CGGCGCACGUCCCAGCGAGUGCCAUUCCAGCUGUGACUGAAGAACAUGAGGACGACUUCACGUGGUGGCAAAGAGGCCCUUCUAAAGACAGACAAUAUAUUAAAAAAAUACAUACAUAGCUUUAUUUUAUCGGUAAAGACACCGAGAGCUGGUUGGACCUUUCACUGAUAAACAGGACAAGCGAACGAGCUCCUUCUCGGGAGCAGGAAGUUGUCGGUCUUCCUACUAGUUGACACGUGCUUGUACGAGUAUUAUUAUACAUCACUGGACGUCAUGGCGGACUACCUUAUUAGUGGACAGACCGGCUACGUCCCUGAGGACGGACUGACGGGACAACAGUUGUUUAACGGAGGAGAUGGACUUACAUAUAAUGACUUCCUCAUUUUGCCAGGCUACAUUGACUUCACAGCAGAUCAAGUGGACCUGACCUCGGCGCUCACCAAACAAAUCACAAUGAAAACACCCUUUGUCUCUUCCCCCAUGGACACUGUCACAGAAGCCAGCAUGGCCAUCGCUAUGGCAUUAACAGGUGGAAUUGGCUUCAUCCACCACAACUGUACUCCAGAGUUCCAGGCCAAUGAAGUCCGUAAAGUCAAGAGGUACGAGCAGGGCUUCAUCACGGACCCUGUGGUGCUGAGCCCCCAUCAUCGUGUGCGGGACGUUUUUCAGGCCAAGGCCCGCUAUGGCUUCUGCGGUAUUCCCAUUACAGACGACGGCAAAAUGGGAAGCAAGCUGGUGGGCAUCAUCUCUUCCCGAGACAUCGACUUCCUGAAGGCAGAGGACCACGAGCUUCCUCUCAGUGAGGUGAUGACCAAGCGAGAAGAUCUUGUUGUUGCACCUGCUGGGGUAACGCUCAAAGAAGCCAAUGAAAUCCUGCAAAGGAGUAAGAAAGGCAAACUACCCAUUGUCAAUGAAGAUGGCUGCCUGGUGUCCAUCAUUGCUCGAACCGACUUGAAAAAGAACAGGGACUUCCCUCUGGCCUCCAAAGACUCUCGCAAACAGCUACUGUGUGGCGCCGCCAUCGGCACGCACAAUGACGACAAAUAUCGACUGGAUCUGCUGGUGCAGAGUGGAGUAGAUGUGAUUGUACUGGACUCUUCCCAGGGUAACUCAAUAUUCCAGAUCAACAUGAUCAAAUAUAUCAAAGAGAAGUACUCAAGCCUACAGGUCAUUGGUGGCAAUGUGGUGACCGCUGCUCAAGCUAAGAACCUGAUCGAUGCAGGAGUAGACGGACUGAGAGUCGGAAUGGGCAGCGGGUCCAUUUGCAUCACACAAGAAGUACUUGCCUGUGGCAGACCUCAAGCCACAGCUGUCUACAAGGUGUCGGAGUAUGCCAGGCGCUUUGGCGUGCCCGUCAUUGCCGACGGUGGCAUCCAGACCGUUGGACACAUCGCAAAAGCCCUGGCGUUAGGGGCGUCCACAGUGAUGAUGGGCUCUCUGCUAGCAGCCACGAGUGAAGCUCCCGGUGAAUAUUUCUUCUCUGAUGGCAUCCGGUUGAAGAAGUACCGUGGUAUGGGCUCCCUGGAUGCCAUGGACAAAAACCUGGGCUCUCAGACCAGAUACUUCAGUGAGAGUGACAAGAUCAAAGUGGCUCAAGGUGUUUCCGGAGCCGUGCAGGACAAAGGCUCCAUCCACAAGUUUGUUCCUUACCUGCUGGCUGGUAUUCAACACUCUUGCCAGGACAUCGGCACCAAGAGUCUCACUCAGCUCAGAGCCAUGAUGUACAGCGGAGAUCUGAAAUUUGAAAAGAGAACAUCUUCCGCUCAAAUGGAGGGCGGUGUCCACAGCCUGCACAGUUACGAGAAACGUCUGUUUUGAAGACGGAGAGGCCUUUCAUCAUGAUAAAAAAAGAAACAACAACUUUUAAUGUCGCACAAGCAUGACCUCAAAGCAUUUGUAUCCAUUAAGUCUUCCAGCAUCUUCUAUGCAUCCUUUAAUAAUAACUAAGCAUUUAUUAGUCAGUGCACUGUCAUAUUAAUAACUUCCUUCCUCUAUGUAUCCAUUUUUAAAAGAAUUAAAUGUUCACAUUUUUCCACAA